AUGGCACCACUUCAUGAGAAUCGUAACAUCUUCGACAUUCUACCGUUUGAGAUCAUCUUGCACAUCCUUAAGUUCAUGGUCGUUCGGAACUACACCGGUCUAUCCUGCGCUAGCCACCGUGCGCUUGAGUUGGUAGACGCUGCAGUAGCUGCAGAAUAUGCUACCGUCGCAGUUAAGUUUGAUGGACCAGAAAAGACCAUGACUGGGAGGAUGAUUCGCUGGGUAAAACGCUACGAGGCUGAUAUGGCUAUGUGUACUGAUGGGCCCCUCAAGUCUGAUGGCCCCCUCAAGUCUGAUGGCCCCCUCAAGGCUGAUGCCCUGAAUGGUUCUCCAACCUCCCCUUAA